AUAAUGUAUCGUUUGGAAGUGGAGAGGUUUGAUCGUUCGCGGAAAAAAAGAAGUCGAAGCCAAAGUUCUUUAAAUUCACCAGACCGAAAGAAAUCACCUUCAAAAAAGAAAAGAAGACGCAGUAGAUCAUCUUCAUCUUCAUCAUGUGAAAGAAGAAAGAAGAAAAAGAAGAAGGAGAGCGGGAAAAUGAAAAAGAAGAAUCAUACAUAUUCAAGUGAGAGCACAGACAGUUCCGAUAGUGAAAAAAAGACUAGAAAGAAGAAGAAGCAGAAGAGAAAGAAGAAGAACAAGAAGAAAAAAAGUCAUAAAAAGGAAAAAUCUCAGACAGAUAAAGUUGCAACUACUCAUGCGCAGUUAUCGGAUGCCACGAAGAUUAAACAACCGACAAUUCAAGCAACGCCCGUCAUCAGUAAUACGUCGUCGUCAGUGCCUAGUGUUCCAAAACGAAGAGCAAUGGUACCAAUGACAAAAGAAGAAUAUGAUAAACAACAGAGUAUCGUGAGGAGGGUGUAUGAUCCUGACACUGGAAGAAAUAGGCUUGUAAAAGGUGACGGUGAAAUAUUGGAAGAAAUCGUCAGUUUAGCUAGACAUAAAGAAAUCAACAAGAUGUCAACAAAACAAGAUGGACUUUCGUUUGCUGCUUCGAUAGGUUUGCUGCGAAAAUAAAGGUUUUGUGAAGUGAGAAAUAUACGCAAAGUGACCUUAGCCCUUGUAGGUUUGAAGAGAAUUGAAAAUGAUAAAUGGAGAUUUACUGUGCUGAGAAUACGCGGAAACGACGUAGACAGCUUUGAGGAAAAGUAACGAUGGUUCUGUUGAAAGCUUCCUUCACCAAAAAAUCCGUAUACAAGUAUGCCCGGCUUGUGAGCUUUGAAUGAUAACAAUAUACGAAGUAGCUGAUAGCACGAGUUGCGAGAAAAAUAUUUGAAAGAAUCACUUUAGACGUUGAACUGUGUCCAAAGAAACGAGUAAUAAAGCCGAAUAAAAAGUUAGGAGCAACAAAAUUUAUUAGUCAACAAUAUCCACCUUGUCUGUUUUGCUGAAAGCUAAUUAAAUCACACGUACAGAGUAGUGUGGUAUGUUGGUAUUACCAUUUCGUCGUGGCGGUGGCGAUGUUUCGGACAUUUUUAUCCUGCUGGAUUUAAUUUGCUAAAAAUUGAGUAUUUCACUGGAUUUAAAAUUAUCUACUUUUUUAGCGCUGGAUUAGCGUAAACAGAAAUCUGAUGAUGUUAUUGUCCUCUCUAAAUUGUGAAAAAUGGUUUAAAGUUAGUUAACUUAAAUAUUGUUUAAUUAGUAAAA